GCAGCAGCUGCAUGAUCUUACUCCAGUGUACGCGAUCUGUCUGCGUGGACCUUGGAGGGCGAUAAGAACCGAUGGAGGAGAUGGUCCCGCUGCUUGCGCUCGAAUAAGAAGAGCAUUGUGUUGUAAGAAAAAAGCCCGAUGACACCGAUACUCCGUUAGUUAAGGAUAUGAAGGCGAACAGGACAUCGGCGUUGUGAUUGCUGGGUGAGUUAAGCCUUCAUUUUCAUGGAGAUCAACUGGUGGAGAAGCGCAUUUGCGGUUUUCUCACACUUUCACGCUCAAACACUACAGCGGUGACUGCACUAAAUGGCAAAUUGCUCUCAGUCUUUAUGUUGUCAAGGAUCAAUUCAAUAGAAACGCAUUCUCCAGGUCAUAUGUUGGCCCAAAACCGUUAUCUGGACCCCCCAAUUCACAUGCUUGUUUGCCUGUUUGUUUGUUUGUUUCGAUCAUUUCUAGACUAUUUUUCUCCCUUGUGAGUUGUUUUUUCCUCCCUAAAAAAGAGGACCAUAUUAACUCAGGGCGAUGCUGUCCUUGCUAUUGGCCAACAGACUUUCUCGCAGUGACUCCACCACAAUGAGGCUCCUUGAAACACAUGUGGUUUUGUGUGUUCUGGUAUGGACAGCACAAGCAUCAGAUUUCAAGUCUUCUGUAGGCACGCAUUUCGCACGAGCACAGACUCGUGGAAUGAAAAGACAUAUGGAAUGGCAAUCAAACACUUUUGCGGCCACCUCAGAGAACACAGCAUUUCUUCAGGCAGAUCAGGCUACGAAUUCCUCAAGAUCCCCGGUGAGGAGAGUCUUGAAAGGACGCAGACCUUUACCUCAAUCGCAAAGUUCAAACACGCAGCCAGUUGAGAAACCCAACGUGCCCCAUGUUCUCACAGUCACUGGCGCACCUCGACAGGGCUCUCAGGGCUCCCACGUUCGUACCUUCAAUCGCACCGGCUCCAUAAAUAUCCUUGCAAGGUUUGCUGGAAAGAACCGUGUGCUGGUCAUUUCAGCGCCGCAUGAGUCAGACGGGUACUACAGGCUAAUGAUGAGCUUGCUCAAGCCAGAUGUGUAUUGCCAAAUGGCAGACCGCCAUAUGUUGCAGAUUACCAUGUUCCAUGAAAAGGAAGAAAUGGGUGGGAAAGUCAGACGUGUGAACAAUGAUGGCUCAAUUGUUGAGGAACCAUUAGAUCCAGCCUUAGUGCCCAGGCUGAUGAGCUUUCUAAAACUGGAGGAAGGCAAGUUUGGCAUGGUGCUGCUGAGAAAAACCCUGCAGGUGGAAGAGAGGUAUCCGUAUCCAGUGCAGCUUGAGGCCAUGUACGAGAUAAUAGACCAGACGCCCAUGCGCAGACUUGAGAAAGUCAGACAGAAAGGUUUUGUGGAAAGAUGCAGGGCAACUGGAAUGCAGGGAAAAGUAGUGCAGUCGAUUGGAACAGGUUUGGCAGAUCCUAAAACUGGUGUGCAAAAAGGCUCUGAAGAUAUUGAGAAGGUAAAAGGUGCCAGACAUCCUCCCAAGCCCACUCAGAGUACUACCAGACAAUCUACACCCACCCCUAGGAGGAGAAUACCUAUACAUCGAGCUACUAAAAAACCUACAACUACAACAGUUACAGCCACAACCCAGCUUCCUACUACCACAACUACUACCACUAUUGCUACAACUACUACAACAACUACAACAACAACUACAGCUACUACUACUACUGCAACCACUACCCUUCUCACAACUCUGCCCUCAAGUACUGUCAAUCCCAUGACUCUGACUACAGUGGCGCAUAGACACCCACACACACCAUUGCACAGACACAAACCCCAAAUAAGCACCUUAAAACCCAUUAACCGCAACCGCCAAAAGGAACACGGUUCAACUGACCCGUCCUCUACUUCUGAAAAAAAGGCCCAACAAAAAGACAAAAACAAAGACCAGACAGAUAAGAUUUUGCCUGGAGCACAUAAGAAAAAGCCCACCAAGGAUAAACCGCACAGGGGAAAAAACGUAGAGAAGCCAGAAGCCGUAAUCCCUACAGCCAGUGAACCAGUGGAGAACUUUCUGACUACCAAAACGGCGAAGGCCGGCCGCGAGAAAGCUGAAAAGAAGAGAAAGACAGAGAGAACCGAAAAGCCUGUGAAAAAGAACAACACUGAGAAAAAAGUGGCAAAACCCUCCAAGGAUGCCAAGGUUAAUCUUCACAACAGAAAUGUGCCACAAAAAGCAGGCAGCCUUGAGGGUAAAGAUGUUGUUGGCAAGCCUACUGAAAAGCCUGUUGAUACCAAGAAGGCACUAGAAACGUUUCUUAGCUAUUUUGAGAAAAGAAGACGUCUGCUUGUUAUUACAACUCCAAGUGAAGAUAAUAAAAUGUACAGUCAGCAGAAGGAUGAGUAUCUGGAACAAGUAUGUGACAUGGCUCUGCGCAAAAUCUCUAUCAUCACCAUUUUUGGUCCUCUAGCCAACGCCACCAUGAAGAUAGAUCAUUAUCAGAUGGAGCAGGACAAGCCGGUGCGCAGCCUGCCAGUCAGUGAGCUCAUCAACCAGGAACUCAUCACAGCCUUCCGGAAGGAGCUUGGCAUGGUUUAUAAUGACUUCUUCAUGGCGCUGACCGACUUUGACAUUAAAGUGAAGCAACAGUACGAAGUACCCAUUAUCAUGAAGGCGGUGUUUGAUUACAUCGACACGUUCUCAUCGCGCCUCAAAGAGAUGGAGCUUCAGAGAAAGCUCGGAAUUGCUUGCAAGAAAGAAGACAAGUCCCGGACUCUAGAGAAUUUCCUUUCGAGGUUCCGCUGGAGACGGAGGCUGCUCGUCAUCUCCACCCCCGAUGAUGAGGAGUGGGCUUAUCAGCAGCAGCUCCAUGCUCUGACCAGUCAGGCCUGCAACCUGGGGCUGCGUCACAUGUCUGUUUUAAAGCUGACCGGGAGGGUGAUGGAGGACAUGGGUGGAGUCUUGGAGCUUUAUCCAAUCAAUGGGAGCGCAACGGUGGAGCGCGAGGACCUUUCCGGCCCGCUAGUGCACGAUAUCAGGAACUACUUCCAGGUCAGUGCGGAUUACUUCUCCAUGUUGCUGGUGGGCAAAGACGGCAACGUGAAGUCAUGGUACCCGUCACCAAUGUGGUCCAUGUCCCUCAUCUACGAGCUGAUCGACUCCAUGCAGCUGCGCAGGCAGGAGAUGGCCAUCCAGAUGUCCCUGGGCAUGCACUGCCCCGAACAGGAAUAUGGUCACCAUGAAGACUAUCAUGAAGGAUAUCAUCGUGGUUACAGUUACUAGAACAGUGGUUAAAAAAGGAAAGAUUUUUGUUUGAUCUCAUAGUUUAAUGAUUUUUUUUUCUUUUUUAAGCCAGUGGUCCAAAAAGCAGCUAGACAUUGGCAAAUUUUAUAACUUGAAUAAUCACUAAGAUAGGACCAUGGUUUUAUUCUGUAUUCUUAGUGGUGAGAUCUUUGUUUUAUUGAUUCUUAUUAUGAGUGUUAUAAGUAUUACCAUGUAGUGUAAUUUUAUAAAGUGACAUUAUGAUGCCACCUCACAGCUCCAGGAUCCCCGGUUCGAUCUUGAGCUCAGGUGAUGGUGUGUUUGGAGUUUCAUGUUGCAUGUAAAUAUCCUUCUCAUGUCUGUCUGGGUUUGCUCAAAGAUCUCUGUUUUUCCCAAAAACAUGCUGGGUACAGUACUCUGCACCGAGGUGUGUACUCUGUAAUGAACUGAUGUCCCAGUUCAGAGUGUGUUCCUGCCAUGUGGUCAACAGGAUUGGAUCCAGUUCCACCACAGCUCAGACCACAUACUAGAGAUAAAUCAAUGAAUGGUGUACUUUUUCAUGUGUUCUGUUUUAUACGGGUCUUUUUUUUUACAUCAUUGGCGCAGAAUUAAAUAAUUGUUAUUUUUGGGUCUAUAUCAGGACAAUAAAUCUAAAAGUCUGAGAUUCAUACUACACA